AUGUCAGGAAGAGGAAAAGGCGGCAAAGGUCUCGGAAAGGGUGGUGCUAAGCGUCACCGUAAGAUUCUCAGAGAUAACAUCCAAGGUAUUACCAAACCAGCUAUUCGUCGUCUCGCUCGUCGUGGUGGUGUUAAGCGUAUCUCCGGUUUAAUCUACGAAGAAACCCGUGGUGUUCUCAAGGUCUUCUUGGAAAAUGUCAUCAGAGAUUCUGUCACCUACACAGAACACGCAAAGAGAAAGACUGUCACUGCACUCGACGUUGUCUACGCACUCAAGAGACAAGGAAGAAUCCUUUAUGGUUUCGGUCAAUAAGCUAUUUAUCUUGCAUCCAUCAUCACUGUAUUAUUAGCAUCAUGAAAAUUUUCAAACUA